UAUCAAACAUUAUGAAGCUAUCAAUUUAUUUAAUUCCCCAAACAGGCUGAGAUGAAAUGGAGAUGCAGUGAGCAUUGAGCAAUUGCCAAAAAUGGGCUCUCCAUUCUACCACUCAUUCACUGACAAGCACGAUACAGUAUUUAGUGUAUUACAGUAUUUAAUGUCUCCAAGAGAGGAAUAUAAUCCUCUUUUAUUACGUUGUGGGAUUUCCACAUCCUGGUCCCUGCAGGCCUUCAAAAAGACUAAACCUUUUUGGUCAAGAAUGGGGAAUUCUUUAAAUGUCCCUUUGUGAAAACUAGCAUUCACUUAUUUGGAUUUUCUAUUAUCGUACCACUUUUCCCUAAAAUGUCUUGCUUUACACAUUCCCCAGAAAUUGAAGGAAUACCUCCUCUAUUUGGGGAGCUGGGUGGAAUCCAGUUUAUUGUAGCAACCACUGCUAUCGUAGAGCUCUAUUCUCUCUCUGCUGGCGUCAUCCUUGUGCAGAAUAAGGGAACGCCUCUGUCUCCCCUCUCUUAAGGCCCCUUCCCAACGCAUUGGAUUAUAUAUAUAGUUUCACUGGAAGGUGUGACAACAAACCAGUUCUCAUAAUCAGACUAUAGUAUUAAUUCUAGAGACUCUUCCUUACUUUGAAUUUCGAUUGAACCUGGAGUGUAUGCAUGGAUAACCCUAACACAACCUGAAGUCAAGAAAUUCAUAAAUUUGUGUAACUCCUUGCAAAUAGUCUUUUUGUUAAUUCCCCCCUCCAAAAAAGUGUGUGUGUGUGUGUGUGUGUAUUCUCUCUCUCUCUCUGUCUCUCUCUCUCUCUCUCUCUCCCUGGGAAUUAGAGGUUGUGCCCUUUCUCUUUCCACCUGCAUUUCUGUUCUAAGUUAUGCAGGGGCUUCUCUGGGCAGCAAAAAGCGAGAUCAGUAGAUGGAGGCCGGCCUCUGCCCUUGCAGACACCCCCUAGUUUGCUCGAGUUGCCCGAUUGCAUUGUUUCUGCCCUGUGUGCCCAACAAGUCGUCUUCUUCCAGCCUGCGCGCCCAGGCGCUGGAGGCCCAGCGGAGCGCAGUCCGGUGCGGGGAGCCCGAGGGCCAGCGGCUGGGCUCUGUCUGGGAUUGCGCGGUGCCCAGCUUCGUUCCCCUCUCUGUGGGUAGGGAUGGUUGAGUCCAGCCGCCACGGCAGCGGCUCCUUGUGCCGCUAGCAGCCUGUCUUGUGCGCUCUCCGCCUUUUUCUCUCUAGACCGAAUCUCUCCUCCCCCCGCGCCCCCCUCCCCGCAUCUCCCACUCGUUGGCUCUCUCUCCAGCUGCCUCAUCUCCAGGUCUCUCCUGGCUGCGCGCGCUCCUCUCCCCGCCUCGCCCCCUCCCGCAGCCUCGCUGCCUUGGUGCCUUCCUGCCCGGCUCGGCCGGCGUUCGUCCCCGGCCCGGCCCCGCCAGCCGGGUCCCCGCGCUCGGAGAGGCUCAGCCCUGCAGUGGCUCGGGACCCGAUGCUAUGAAAGGCAAGCGAGCCGGGCGCCCAGACCUGCAGGAGGCGUCGGAUGCGCGGCGGGUCUCGGGACCCGGCUCCCUCUCCGGCUCGCCUCGCCCUCUGGUGAUCAUUUGGCUCUGCUCGUAGCCCUGCCGUUCUUCGGAGGAGACCCGCGCAUCUGAGGAGAGCCAUCGCGCCGUGCGCCUGUGGAGUAUCUGCAGACAUGACUGCGCGGAGGAGCUGCGAGCCGCUGUCCCUGCUCCUGGUGCCGCUGGUUCUGUGCGCGGCGCUCCUCACUGCAGCCAAGGGUCAAAACUGUGGAGGCUUAGUCCAGGGUCCCAACGGCACCAUUGAGAGCCCAGGCUUUCCUCACGGUUAUCCAAACUACGCUAACUGCACCUGGAUCAUUAUAACAGGGGAACGCAAUAGGAUACAAUUGUCAUUUCAUACCUUUGCUCUUGAAGAAGAUUUUGAUAUAUUGUCAGUGUACGACGGACAGCCCCAACAAGGGAACCUAAAAGUGAGAUUAUCGGGAUUUCAACUACCUUCCUCCAUAGUGAGCACAGGAUCUAUCCUGACGCUGUGGUUCACAACCGACUUUGCUGUGAGCGCCCAAGGUUUCAAAGCACUGUACGAAGUCUUACCUAGCCACACCUGUGGAAAUCCCGGAGAAAUAUUGAAAGGAGUUCUCCACGGGACAAGGUUCAACAUAGGAGACAAAAUCCGGUACAGCUGUCUCUCUGGCUACAUCCUGGAGGGUCACGCGACCCUGACCUGCAUCGUCAGCCCGGGGAAUGGCGCGUCAUGGGACUUCCCAGCUCCUUUUUGCAGAGCUGAAGGGGCCUGCGGCGGAACCUUGCGUGGCACCGGCAGCUCCAUCUCCAGCCCCCACUUCCCUUCCGAGUACGAGAACAAUGCUGACUGCACGUGGACCAUUCUCGCGGAGCCAGGGGACACCAUCGCUCUGGUCUUCACGGACUUCCAGCUGGAAGAAGGAUACGAUUUCCUAGAGAUCAGCGGGACAGAAGCGCCAUCCAUAUGGCUGACGGGCAUGAACCUCCCCUCCCCUGUCAUCAGCAGCAAGAACUGGUUACGUCUCCAUUUCACCUCCGACAGCAACCAUCGGCGCAAAGGAUUCAACGCUCAGUUUCAAGUGAAAAAGGCAAUUGAGUUGAAGUCGAGAGGCGUCAAGAUGCUCCCCGGCAAGGACGGCAGCCAUAAAAACUCCGUCUUGAGCCAAGGAGGCGUUGCGCUAGUAUCCGACAUGUGUCCAGAUCCUGGGAUUCCAGAAAAUGGUAGAAGAGCAGGCUCUGACUUCAGGGUUGGUGCAAAUGUUCAGUUCUCCUGUGAGGACAACUAUGUGCUCCAAGGGUCUAAGAGCAUCACCUGUCAGAGAGUCACGGAGACACUUGCUGCUUGGAGUGACCACCGGCCAAUCUGCAGAGCUAGAACGUGUGGAUCCAACCUGCGGGGACCAAGUGGAGUCAUCACCUCCCCGAACUACCCCGUCCAGUAUGAAGACAACGCCCACUGCGUGUGGGUCAUCACCACCUCCGACCCAGACAAGGUCAUCAAGCUCGCCUUUGAAGAGUUCGAGCUGGAAAGAGGUUACGACACCCUGACAGUUGGCGACGCUGGGAAAGUCGGAGACGCCAGAUCGGUCUUGUACGUACUCACAGGGUCCAGUGUCCCUGACCUCAUCGUGAGCAUGAGCAACCAGAUGUGGUUACAUCUGCAGUCUGACGACAGUAUUGGUUCACCUGGAUUUAAAGCCGUGUACCAAGAGAUUGAAAAGGGAGGGUGUGGGGACCCGGGCGUCCCCGCCUACGGGAAGCGGACGGGUAGCAGCUUUCUCCACGGCGACACGCUCACCUUCGAGUGCCAGGCAGCCUUCGAGUUGGUGGGGGAGAGAGUCAUCACCUGCCAGCAGAACAACCAGUGGUCCGGCAACAAGCCCAGCUGUGUCUUUUCCUGUUUCUUCAACUUCACGGCCGCAUCUGGGAUCAUUCUGUCUCCCAACUACCCCGAGGAAUAUGGCAACAACAUGAACUGCGUGUGGCUGAUCAUAUCGGAGCCAGGAAGCCGAAUUCACCUCAUCUUUAACGAUUUUGAUGUGGAGCCCCAGUUUGACUUUCUUGCGAUCAAAGACGAUGGGAUUUCAGAUAUAACCAUCCUUGGCACCUUUUCUGGCAACGAAGUGCCUUCCCAGCUGGCCAGCAGCGGGCACGUGGUGCGCCUGGAGUUCCAGUCCGACCACUCCACCACCGGCAGGGGCUUCAACAUCACCUACACCACGUUUGGUCAAAAUGAGUGCCAUGACCCCGGCAUCCCCAUAAACGGACGGCGUUUUGGUGACAGGUUCCUCCUGGGGAGCUCGGUUUCCUUCCACUGUGACGAUGGCUUUGUCAAGACCCAGGGGUCCGAGUCCAUCACCUGCAUCCUGCAGGACGGGAACGUGGUCUGGAGCUCCGCGGUGCCCCGCUGCGAAGCCCCGUGUGGUGGACAUCUGACAGCUUCCAGUGGAGUCAUCUUACCUCCUGGGUGGCCGGGAUAUUAUAAGGAUUCUCUCAAUUGUGAAUGGAUAAUUGAAGCAAAGCCAGGCCACUCUAUUAAAAUAACUUUUGACAGGUUCCAAACGGAGGUCAACUACGACACGCUGGAGGUCCGGGACGGGCCAGCCAGCUCGUCCCCGCUGAUCGGCGAGUACCACGGCACGCAAGCCCCGCAGUUCCUCAUCAGCACCGGGAACUUCAUGCACCUGCUCUUCACCACGGACAACAGCCGCUCCAGCGUGGGCUUCCUCAUCCACUACGAGAGUGUGACUCUGGAGUCCGACUCCUGCCUUGACCCAGGCAUCCCUGUCAACGGCCAUCGCCGUGGCAGCAACUUCGGCGUCAGGUCCACGGUGACAUUCAGCUGCGACCCCGGCUACACGCUGAGUGACAACGAGCCCCUUCUCUGCGAGCAAAACCACCAGUGGAACCACGCCCUGCCCAGCUGUGACGCGCUCUGUGGAGGCUACAUCCACGGCAAGAGUGGGACGGUCCUUUCUCCUGGCUUUCCGGAUUUUUACCCAAACUCCCUCAACUGUACAUGGACCAUCGAAGUGUCUCACGGAAAAGGAGUCCGGAUGAUCUUCCACACCUUCCACCUGGAGACCUCACACGACUACUUGCUGAUCACGGAGGACGGCAGCUUUUCCGAGCCGGUCGCCAGGCUCACCGGGUCGGUGCUGCCUCACACCAUCAAGGCGGGCUUGUUCGGGAACUUCACUGCCCAGCUGCGGUUUAUAUCCGACUUCUCCAUCUCCUACGAGGGCUUCAACAUCACCUUUUCAGAGUAUGACCUGGAGCCGUGUGACGAUCCCGGAGUCCCUGCUUUCAGCAGAAGAAUCGGCUUCCACUUUGGAGUCGGGGACUCUCUGACCUUCUCCUGUUUCCCGGGGUACCGCUUAGAAGGUGCAACCAAGCUUACCUGCCUGGGUGGGGGCCGCCGUGUGUGGAGCGCACCUCUGCCAAGGUGUGUGGCUGAAUGUGGAGCAAGCGUCAAAGGAAAUGAAGGAACGCUACUGUCUCCGAACUUCCCGUCAAAUUACGAUAACAACCACGAGUGCAUCUAUCGAAUAGAGACAGAGGCUGGCAAGGGGGUCCACCUCAGAGCGCGGAGCUUCCAGCUGUUCGAAGGGGAUAUUUUAAAGGUGUAUGAUGGCAAAGACAGCUCCUCACGUCCCCUGGGAGCCUUCACCAAAAGUGAACUGCUGGGGCUGACCCUGAACAGCACCUCCAACCACCUGUGGCUGGAGUUCAACUCCAACGGGUCGGACACCGACCAAGGGUUUCAGCUCACCUACACCAGCUUUGAUCUGGUCAAAUGCGAGGAUCCCGGCAUCCCCAGCUACGGCUACAGGGUCCGCGACGAAGGCCACUUCACGGACACAGCCGUCCAGUACAGCUGCAACCCGGGCUACGCCAUGCACGGCGGCAGCACCCUCACCUGUCUGAGCGGGGACCGGCGGGUGUGGGACCGGCCGCUGCCUUCCUGCGUAGCGGAAUGUGGCGGGCGGAUCCACGCUGCCACAUCAGGACGCAUACUGUCCCCUGGCUACCCGGCUCCUUACGACAACAACCUCCACUGCACGUGGGUUAUAGAGGCAGACCCGGGAAAGACCAUUAGCCUCCACUUCAUCGUCUUCGACACGGAGACGGCCCACGACACCCUCAAGGUCUGGGACGGGCCGGCGGACGGCGACGUCCUGCUGAAGGAGUGGAGCGGCUCCGCCCUGCCCGAGGACACGCACAGCACCUUCAGCUCGCUCACCCUGCAGUUCGACAGCGACUUCUUCAUCAGCAAGUCCGGCUUCUCCAUCCAGUUCUCAACUUCCAUCGCAUCGACCUGCAACGACCCGGGCAUGCCCCAGAACGGCACCCGCUACGGAGACAGCCGGGAGGCUGGAGACACCGUCACCUUCCAGUGCGACCCUGGGUAUCAGCUCCAAGGACAAGCCCAAAUCACCUGUGUGCAGCUGAAUAACCGGUUCUAUUGGCAGCCAGACCCUCCCACAUGCAUAGCUGCUUGUGGCGGGAAUCUGACAGGCCCAGCGGGUGUUAUUUUAUCACCCAACUACCCACAGCCAUAUCCUCCUGGAAAAGAAUGUGACUGGAAGAUAAAAGUCAACCCAGACUUUGUCAUCGCCUUGAUAUUCAAAAGUUUCAACAUGGAGCCCAGCUACGACUUCCUGCACAUCUACGAGGGGGAGGAUUCCAAUAGCCCCCUCAUUGGAAGCUUCCAGGGCUCCCAAGCCCCAGAGAGAAUAGAGAGUAGCGGGAACAGCCUUUUCCUCGCAUUCCGGAGCGAUGCGUCCGUGGGCCUGUCGGGCUUCGCCAUUGAGUUUAAAGAGAAGCCUCGGGAAGCGUGCUUUGACCCUGGGAAUAUAAUGAACGGGACGAGAAUCGGGACCGACUUCAAACUGUGGUCUUCCACUGUUCACUUACCAAGUUUGACUCGGUACAAGUGGCGACCUCGUCUAUCACCUGUGUGAUCGGAGUCUGUGGAUGGGAAGCCCUCCUGGGACCACACGCUGCCGUCCUGCCACGCUCCGUGUGGAGGCCAGUACACGGGGUCGGAAGGGGUAGUGUUAUCUCCAAACUACCCUCGCAAUUACACAGCUGGCGAAAUGUGCCUCUACUCCAUAACUGUGCCAAAGGAGUUUGUGGUGUUUGGACAGUUUGCCUAUUUCCAGACAGCACUGAAUGAUUUGGCAGAAUUGUUUGAUGGGACGCAUGCUCAGGCCAGACUGCUCAGCUCACUCUCUGGGUCUCAUUCAGGUGAGACAUUGCCUUUGGCCACGUCAAACCAGAUUCUGCUCCGGUUCAGCGCGAAGAGCGGGGCUUCUGCGAGGGGCUUCCACUUUGUGUAUCAAGCCGUUCCGCGGACCAGCGACACCCAGUGCAGUUCUGUGCCGGAGCCCAGAUACGGGAGGAGAAUUGGUUCUGAGUUCUCUGCAGGCUCGAUCGUCCGAUUCGAGUGCAACCCGGGCUACCUGCUCCAGGGCUCCACAGCGCUCCGCUGCCAGUCAGUGCCCAACGCCCUGGCGCAGUGGAAUGACACGGUCCCCAGCUGCGUGGUCCCCUGCAGCGGCAACUUCACCCAGCGGAGAGGAACCAUCCUGUCCCCCGGCUACCCUGAGCCAUAUGGCAACAACCUGAACUGUGUGUGGAAGAUCAUAGUGACGGAGGGGUCAGGAAUUCAGAUCCAGGUGAUCAGCUUCGCCACGGAGCAGAACUGGGACUCGCUGGAGAUCCACGAUGGCGGGGACGCCACGGCCCCCAGGCUGGGGAGUUUCUCAGGGACCACGGUGCCGGCCCUGCUGAACAGCACCUCCAACCAGCUGUACCUGCACUUCCAGUCCGACAUCAGCGUGGCGGCGGCCGGGUUCCACCUGGAAUACAAAACUGUGGGUCUGGCCGCGUGUCAGGAGCCGGCCCUCCCCAGCAAUGGCAUCAAAAUCGGCGACCGGUACUUGGUGAACGACGUGCUCUCCUUCCAGUGUGAGCCAGGCUACACCUUGCAGGGCCGUUCCCACAUCUCGUGCAUGCCGGGGACCGUUCGCCGCUGGAACUACCCGUCACCCCUCUGCGUCGCGACCUGCGGUGGGACACUGACCACCAUGGGCGGCGUGAUCCUGAGCCCUGGCUUCCCGGGUUCGUACCCCAACAACCUGGACUGCACCUGGACCAUCUCCCUGCCCAUUGGCUAUGGUGCACAUAUCCAGUUCCUCAACUUUUCCACCGAGGCCAACCACGACUACCUGGAAAUCCAGAAUGGGCCUUACCACAGCAGCCCCAUGAUCGGGCAGUUCAGCGGCCCCGACCUUCCCGCGGCCCUGCUCAGCACCACGCACGACACGCUCAUCCACUUCUACAGCGACCACUCGCAGAACCGGCAGGGGUUUAAACUUGCUUACCAAGCCUACGAACUGCAGAACUGCCCAGACCCACCCCCGUUCCAGAACGGGUACAUGAUCAACUCAGACUACAGCGUGGGGCAGUCCGUGUCCUUCCAGUGCUACCCUGGGUACAUUCUCAUCGGCCAGGCCGUCCUCACCUGUCAGCAUGGGGUCAACAGGAACUGGAACCAUCCGUUCCCACGGUGUGACGCCCCCUGUGGCUACAACGUGACCUCUCAGAACGGCACCAUCUACUCCCCGGGGUUCCCGGACGAAUACCCGAUCCUGAAGGACUGCGUGUGGCUCAUCUCGGCGCCGCCCGGGCACGGGGUCUACAUCAACUUCACGCUGCUGCAGACGGAGGCGGUCAACGACUACAUCGCGGUGUGGGACGGCCCGGACCAGAGCGCCCCCCAGCUGGGCGUGUUCAGCGGCAACACCGCGCUGGAGACGGCCUACAGCUCCGCCAGCCAGGUCCUGCUCAAGUUCCACAGCGACUUCUCCAACGGGGGCUUCUUUGUCCUCAACUUCCACGCGUUUCAGCUCAAGAAAUGCCCCCCGCCUCCAGCCGUCCCCCAGGCAGACAUGCUCGCCGAGGACGACGAGUUUGAAAUAGGAGACUCUGUGCAGUAUCAGUGCCACCCGGGCUACACCUUGGUGGGGACGGACACCCUGACCUGCAAGCUGAGCGCCCAGUUGCAGUUUGAGGGCUCCCUCCCGACCUGCGAAGCACAAUGCCCGGCGAACGAGGUCCGGACAGAGUCAUCCGGAGUCAUCCUCAGCCCGGGGUACCCAGGCAACUAUUUCAACUCCCAGACCUGCUCCUGGAGCAUCCGAGUGGAACCGAACUACAACAUCACCCUCUUCGUGGACAUGUUUCAGAGCGAAAAGCAAUUUGAUGCCCUGGAAGUGUUUGAUGGUUCUUCUGGGCAAAGUCCUCUGCUAGCAGUCCUAAGUGGAAACCACACCGAACAGUCCAAUUUCACAAGCAAGAGCAACGAGUUGUAUCUCCGCUGGUCCACAGAUCACGCAACCAGUAAAAAGGGAUUCAAGAUUCGUUAUGCAGCGCCCUACUGCAGCCUGGCCCCCGCGCUAAAGGACGGUGGCGUCGUCAACGGGACCGCCGGGGCCGCGGGCAGCCGCGUGCGCUACUUCUGCAAGCCUGGGCACCGGCUCAUCGGCCACAGCGAAGCGAGCUGCAGACGGGGCCCCCUGGGCACCUACCAGUGGGACUCGCUCCCGCCACUCUGCCAGGCUGUGUCCUGUGGAAUCCCAGAAUCCCCAGGAAACGGCUCCUUCACGGGGAACGAGUUCACGUUGGGCAGUAAAGUGGUCUACGAAUGCAAUGAGGGCUUCAAGCUCGAGGCCGGGCAGCAGGCGGCGGCCGUGUGCCAGGAGGACGGGCUGUGGAGUAACAAGGGGAGGCCGCCCAGCUGCAAACCGGUGCCUUGCCCCAGCAUUGAAGCCCAGCUCUCGGAACAUGUCAUCUGGAGACUGGUCUCGGGGUCUCUGAACGAGUAUGGGGCCCAGGUGCUGCUGAGCUGCAGUCCCGGCUACUAUUUGGAGGGCCGAAGGCUCGUCCAGUGCCAAGCCAAUGGGACGUGGAGUGGGGGAGAGGAGAGGCCCGGCUGUAAAGUGAUCUCAUGUGGGAGCCUGUCUUUUCCCCCGAACGGUAACAAGAUCGGGACGUUGACGGUUUAUGGAGCCACAGCUAUUUUCACGUGCAACACGGGCUACACCCUCGUGGGCUCUCACGUCAGAGAGUGCCUGGCAAACGGACUCUGGAGCGGGACCGAAACUCGAUGUCUGGCUGGCCACUGUGGAUCCCCAGACCCCAUCGUGAACGGGCACAUCAGCGGGGAUGGCUUUAGCUACAGGGACACGGUGGUGUACCAGUGCAAUCCCGGCUUCCGGCUGGUGGGCACAUCAGUGAGGAUUUGCCUGCAGGACCACAAGUGGUCUGGACAGACCCCCGUUUGUGUCCCCAUCACCUGUGGUCACCCUGGAAACCCAGCCCAUGGGUUCACCAAUGGCAGCGAGUUCAACCUGAACGACGUUGUGAAUUUCACCUGCAACACGGGCUAUCUGCUGCAGGGGGCGUCCCGCGCCCAGUGCCGGAGCAAUGGCCAGUGGAGCAGCCCUCUGCCCACCUGUCGAGUGGUGAACUGCUCGGAUCCAGGCUUUGUGGAAAACGCCAUCCGGCAUGGGCAGCAGACCCUCCUGGAGAGUUUUGAGUACGGGAUCAGCGUCCUGUACCAUUGCAAGAAGGGGUUUUACUUGCUGGGAUCUUCGGCCAUAACCUGCACAGCAAAUGGCUUAUGGGAUCGGUCUUUACCCAAGUGUCUGGCUAUAUCGUGUGGGCACCCAGGGGUUCCUGCCAACGCCGUCCUCACUGGGGAACGGUUCACGUUUGGGGCCACAGUGCACUACUCCUGCAAAGGGAGUCACAGCCUUGUGGGCAACAGCACCAGAGUUUGCCAAGAGGACAGUCACUGGAGCGGCGCCCUGCCUCACUGCGCAGGAAAUACUCCGGGGUUUUGUGGCGAUCCGGGGACCCCCGCGCACGGGUCCCGGCUGGGGGACGAGUUCAAGACGAAGAGCCUGCUGCGCUUCUCCUGCGAGGUGGGCUACCAGCUGCGCGGCUCCGCCGAGCGCACCUGCCUGCUCAACGGGUCGUGGUCGGGCCUGCAGCCCGCUUGUGAGGCCGUGUCCUGCGGCAACCCCGGGACCCCCACCCACGGCAGGAUCCUCAGCAGCGACGGCGUCCUGUUCUCCAGCUCCGUCGUCUACGCCUGCUGGGAGGGAUAUCGGACCUCGGGGCUCACGACGCGGCACUGCACGGCCAACGGGACCUGGACGGGCACAGCGCCCGACUGCACAGUUGUCAGUUGUGGAGAUCCGGGCACCCUGGCAAACGGCAUCCAGUUUGGGACUGAUUUCACCUUCAACCAGACCGUGAGCUUUCAGUGCGCCCCCGGCUACCUCAUGGAGCCGGCCGCGGCGGCCAGGAUCCGGUGCACCGAAGACGGCACCUGGAACCACAGCAAGCCCAUCUGCAAAGCCGUCCUGUGCAGCCAGCCGCCCCCAGUGCAGCACGGCAGAGUGGAGGGGACCGACUUCCACUGGGGCUCCAGCAUAAGCUACAGCUGCGUGGACGGCUACCAGCUCUCGCACUCGGCCAUCCUGUCAUGUGAAGGCGGCGGCGUGUGGCGAGGGGAGGUCCCCCAGUGCCUGCCCAUGUUCUGCGGGGACCCCGGCACGCCCGCGGAGGGACAGAUUAGUGGGAAGAGCUUCACCUACAAUUCUGAAGUCUUCUUUCAGUGCAAGCCCCCGUUCAUACUCGUGGGAUCGUCAAGAAGGGUCUGCCAGGCGGACGGCGCGUGGAGUGGGGUUCAACCCACCUGCAUCGAUCCUGCCCAUAACACCUGUCCAGACCCUGGCACCCCGCACUUUGGAAUACAAAAUAGCUCCAGAGGAUAUGAGGUGGGAAGCACCGUUUUUUUCAGGUGCAGAAAAGGUUACCACAUCCAAGGCUCUACGACCCGCACCUGCCUUGCAAACCUGACGUGGAGUGGGGUACAGGCCGAGUGUAUGCCUCAUGCUUGCAGACAGCCGGAAACGCCAGCGCACGCGGACGUGAGGGCCAUCGACCUUCCUACGUUCGGCUACACCUUGGUGUACACCUGCCACCCUGGAUUUUUCCUCACGGGUGGAUCUGAGCACAGGACGUGCAAAGCAGAUAUGAAAUGGACGGGGAAGUCGCCUGUUUGUAAAAGUAAAGGAGUGAGAGAAGUUAAUGAAACAGUUACUAAAACUCCAGUCCCUUCAGAUGUGUUUUUUGUCAACUCGGUGUGGAAGGGGUAUUAUGAAUAUCUGGGGAAGAGACAGCCCGCCACUCUCACCGUGGACUGGUUCAACGCUACGAGCAGCAAAGUGAACGCCACCUUCACGGAGGCCUCGCCGCUGGAGCUGAAGCUGACAGGGGUUUACAAGAAGGAGGAGGCCCACUUACUCCUGAAAGCUUUUCAGAGUAAAGGUGCAGCGGACAUCUUCGUGAGCAAGUUCGAGAACGACAACUGGGGGCUGGAUGGCUACGUGUCAUCUGGACUCGAAAGAGGAGGAUUCACUUUUCAAGGGGACAUUCACGGAAAAGACUUUGGAAAAUUCAAGCUAGAAAGGCAAGAUCCCUUAAACUCGGAUCAAGACUCUUCCAGUCCUUACCAGGGCACCAGCAGCGGCUCCGUGGCAGCGGCCAUCCUGGUUCCGUUCUUUGCUCUCAUUCUGUCAGGGUUUGCAUUUUACCUCUACAAACACAGAACAAGACCAAAAGUUCAAUACAACGGCUACGCCGGGCACGAAAACAGCAACGGACAGGCCUCCUUCGAAAACCCCAUGUACGACACAAACUUGAAACCCACAGAAGCCAAGGCAGUGAGGUUCGACACGACUCUGAACACGGUGUGCACGGUGGUAUAGCCCCGGCGCCCGGCAGGACGGGUUCACAGCCAUACCUCGGAGGGCCAGCCGCGACUCCUUUGGUGCCACAGACCGCUCUCCCCUUCCACGGCGCCCGGCGGCCGCCUCCGCGCGGCGGGAACUUCUGGGACGCGCCGGAGUCUCCUGAGGGCCGACCCACGCACACGCGCGUCUUCACCCCACGAGUGGGUCCCCCGAACGCCCGCUGCGCCUGCUGCUUGGAGUCCAGACACGCUCGAGGGAGACAGCCGGCGGCCGCGGCGGGCGACGCGCUCGCCAACGCCUGGGACGCGGGGUUCGCUGUCGCGGGACGCCUCUCCCCGCAGAUCUUGCGGCGCGGACACACCCUUCGGGUGUGGCGACGUCGGCAGCCACGGUGAUGUCUGUGUGUGUGUGCGGUCUGUUUUUUUUUUUUUUUUUUUGCCUUUUUUUAAUGAACCCCAUGAACAUGAGCACUCUGGAAACAAUAAAUAAAUGGAAAGCGUUCUGGAAGAAGACACCCUCCCGGUAGACACACGCACACGAGCAGGCGUGUCACCCCGUCCCUCCGGUGCCUGGCGAGCUGCGAGGACCUCGGGCUCGGGGUGCUGUCCGCCCCAGGACGUCGCGGAUUUCCCGGGCGGCUGUCCUAGUGCGGAAUCUUCCAGGCACAGCUUCGUUCACCGGCGUGUUUCGGAAGCCCGAGUCGGGCUCUGAGCGUGCAGUCUCACAGGGCGCGCCCACCCUCGGCCCGGCGUCGGGGGAGCUCCACAGAGCGCCCCAGAGGCGAGCAGGAAGCAGUGCGGCAGGGGGCUGUUCUGCUGCUGCUGCUAGCUGGAUUCAUGGGAGAGGUCCAAUGAGAGGGAAAGGCCCUUUUUAAUUCUCAUGUGUUCUUCCGUUCGUGCGACCAUCCUCCAGCUGCUGUCUGCAUUACACUACUGAUGAGCAGGGGUCGCACACAUGUCUAUUUGCCGUGUAAAAAAUGUGAAUAGUAAUUUAUUUUAGAUAGCUCACGGACCUGCGGGUUUUAGCUCACAACGAAGUCUUCCCUUUUGCAUUGUUGUUUUUUUGUUUUUGUUUUCUAUUCUUUUACCACACCACCACGCUCUGAUUUGCAUUGAAAGACAGGGCACCGCAGUGGCACGCUGAGCUCAGCGAGAACUGAGAGUUAACACAUGUGUAGCCUUAUCACACAUGUCCUGAUUAAGUGAACUCAGGACUGUUGAGGAUCAGAAUACCGAGCGUUCCUGCGGAGGUAAGGGAAGAUGAGACACGCUGUCCCCUCACCACGAGGUAUCGCAUCUGUGAGCUGGCCUUUCGUUCCAUGCUUUGUGAUUCCAGGCGGCGGGAAGGGAGCGUCCAUGAUUUUUCAAGUUCAAAGUUCACUGGAGGUCAGUGACGGAGUCACGGGAUAAGUUAAAACAGGUCAGAACCCCCAACGCGGACAAGAUCCAAGCACGGGGGUAGAAGCUAUGACCAUGAGAAUGUCCAUGUAACAAACUCAAAGUGAAGAAGAUCAUGUUUAUUUUUUAUUUAUACUUGUUUGAUAAAAAUAUUUUUUGAAAAGAUAACGCUUAUUUUAUUAUUUCAUGUGUAAGUACCUACCUGUUCCCUACGUGGAGAAGCUCCCCGCCCCCGCCUGGCCUUCCGGACUGUGGCGCGGGGCGAAGCGCGGGGUGCUCACACCGCCGCCCUUCGCUUGGCUGUCGCCGUGGACCAGUCGCGCCGCUUUAGGACGCGUGCGUCUGUCUCCUGGACGUGGAGUGCGGGGCCUCGCGGGUGCGGAGGACGAAGGAGAGCCUGUCGGGAGAACAGGGCGUGCUCUCCAGAGCCGUGCGUUUUGGGGGGACCUUUCCGGAGCUGUCUCCCGGCUCCGCUGUUGCCUUCCCGCCGGAGGCGUGCGGCGCGGGGCGCGCUGGCCCUCGAGGGCCCCCUGUCCUGUGGGCUCCCAGGCGGUGGAGCCCACGGCAGCCGCUGGGCCCUCCCCGCGUCUCCCCGGCCAGGCGGACAGACGGCACCCUGGCAGAUUCGCUUUGCGCGGGAGCAGAGGCGGCGGGAGGGCGCCCCUCGCACGGCGGGUCUAGCCGGGCAGGGAGCGCGAGGCCGCGCGUGCGAGGGAGGCCGGGCUCCGCACAGCGCAGGCGCAAUACGCACGUACACGUGUAUAUAUUGUACAUAGCUCAGUGUGAGUCAUUCAGACUAGGUGCGAAACGCCGACUUCAGAGUCCGAACCCACGUCUCUGUGCCCACCCCGCGGACCGCUCUGCGGGUCAGACCACUCGCGAAACCCAGAACCCCGCAGGGCCUGCGCGCACGCGAGCACCACACACCAGAUUAGACGAGACUUUCCUUCUCUGUGCAAAGCGCAGCAGUCCUGCGGUGCCGGUUUGGGGCGCGUCACUUGAGAAGGAAGAGAAUUCAGUGACGCUCCCUCCUGGGAAUUCCCCGGUUC